AUGGAACACGAUGACUUUGAUUCACCUCUGCGGCAACUCCGCAAGGCAGAUGGAAUGAUCCAUCAUGCAGGAGAAAUUGAGGCGAGGAGGGGACGGAGCUCUUGGCUGGGGGCACCAAAUCCGGGCCCCCUGCACCCUGACGCGCCGCCGCUCAGCGCAGGGGCCUCAGUUUCCCUAGAAGUGGGGCCGCCGGAGGCCUGGGGCCCUCGGAGCCUUCUGCCCCUCGGUCCGGACGUGCCCUGGCCGCUCCGUCGGGGGGGAUCGGCCGGGAACCCGGGGCGGAGGCGGGCGGGCAGCCGCGCGGAGCGGCGGGGGACAGACGCUGCGCGGGUGGAGGUCACUUACUGUGUCCGGGCCGGGCCGCCGCUGUCCCCGCAGAGCCCGGCGCCGCCUGAAAUAGUCGCAGACCCCGCCCCCGCCCCCGCCCGCCCUCCUGCCCCGCCCGCGGCAGGCGCGGAAACCCCGCGGGCUGGGGCCCGGCCCGAGUGUCCCCGAGUCCCGAGUCGCGCGCGCCCCGCCGAGGCGAGUGGGGGCGGCACUGCUUGGCACCAGCCCGGGCGGGGUGCCGGGGCUGGCCGGGCGUCGCCGCGCCUUGGGGGCGCGGGAACCGCACCCUGGGCGGACGGGGACCCGCCAGGCGCUGGCAUUGUCCGACCACGGCUUCUGAUUGGCCGCUGGAAGGGGCUCGGGACCUCUGUCCCGCGUCACAGAGCCAGCACCCGCCCCGGCUCCCGAGCUCUCUCCCCGCGGGGUCCCGGGGACCGUCCCACCCUGACUCCCUGGGCUGCGCGAGGGUUGCCCCCUCUGGGUAGAGCGCCCCGUCUCCGGGAAUUCUUGCCUUCUGGAAAGAGUGUUGUCAUUGAGGAAUUCCCCAGCUGGGCACCGGCUUCCCUUUUACUCCUUGCUCGAGCCUCUGCCCCUUCCAACCUUUUGUUUGCCUCUGCCCUUGGUCUCUCUCCCCCAACGUGUGGAUUCCUGCUCCCCGUACCAGCUGGGCAAAGAUCUCUGAGGCCUCAGUCUUCCCUCCUGGAAGUGGAGGGGACACACGCUCAGGAGGUUGCCAGGGAAGGCUUACGAGAGACGUGCGUGCAAAGAGCAGUAACGCUCCUCUUGGACUGCCCGAGUCCCCAACCGCCUCCAGCAAGAGGCUUCAUGGAUGCCUGACAUUUCGUUAUCCACGUAUAUUCCUCGGAUGAGCAUCGCUUUUUACAAAUGCCAGUAUCCUGUGAGGAUCCCCUGGUUGCUUCUGGGGAAGGAUAUAGGGGAUGGGAAUAUGGAGACAUCUCACCUUA